AAUAUCCUUGACUGUGAAGACAACGGACUGCGAUAGUAGUAGUAGUAGUGAGAGUUAUUAUUGUUUACACAGCACACUGCGGGUAUAGUGCGUGAAUGGAAGCCAUCUGGGAGCGAAUUGUUUUAGUAUCGUGCCUGUGUCGUGUCAGCUAAAUAAUUUUUUUAUAUCUUUUGACAGAGGUCUGUGCCCUUUUUCAGCAACCACUGUGUGUCAUCGAGUGUAGGAAAAUUAAAAUACAAAAAACGAUUUCAAGCGCGCGUGUGUGUGUGUGUGUUAGUGGUUGUCUAAAGGAGAAAAAUUAGUGUACAAUUUCGUGUGUGGCAUAAUCAUCUUUUGAAGCCUUUGUGUCUCGUUUUCGUCAUCGUCGCAGCGUAUAGUGGAGUAGAAAGUCAUCAAUAGUGUAUCAAUAUUAGCGAAACGUCAAAAAACAGAUCAGUUGUGCCGAUGGCACUACUGUAAACAAACACCAAGCAACCCAGUAUCUGAAGGGAAUUUCAUUAGCAACGCUGUCUAAAAUGGUGUAGCAAAGUGAAGUUUGCCAGUAAGUAGUUGGUGCGGUAGGUGUGAUACGUACAUUCCACGAGCACCUCUCGUUUUGCUCGCAUCUCGGUUCCUGUAGAAACAUACGACGAGGCUACCAUCAAGCAAAGAACCGAGCGUCAACUGUGUCUGGUUGCUGCGUGUGAAGUGAAGAAAUUUGGAGAAGAUACGAAAAGAAAUCCCUCAAACCGUACUCGUGGAGACGACCCAGUCUUUCCCCGCUAGAAUUCACCGGCAGCAAUGAUGAAUCCAAACCAUUCCGGUGCAUCACGGCGCCCGUACUCACGCGGGGCCGUGCCGCGCAACCGUUCACGGAUGCCGUUCUCACCGCACCAUACGCAUCAUUCGAACCGGAACCAUGGUGGACACAACCAGCCAUGGUACAAUAAGGAUAUGGAGAAUAGCUUUAACUAUGGUGAUAAUGGAAGUAGUCCCAAAGAAUCAUCCUUCACCUACACGUCCAAGUCCCCGCCGGUGCAGUUGCAUUCCCCUCCUGUAGCGGGCCGCCAAACGGCGGCAGCCAUACUCAUGCCUUACGGUGCUGCUGACGAUGGUAGUAUUAAUAAUAGAUCUCAACAAAUUCUUAGAGCCGGCCCGAGCCACAUUGACCGACACCGGAUCAAUAUGGGCGGUAAUAGUAUGCAGGAUCGCAACCGGCACACGAUGAGUGCCUCCACGAUCGAUCGCCAUUCGAAUCAUUUCGAGGGACCAUCGAAUUCAACGCGCGGUUCGGAUCUGCACGGUGGUGACGCACGUUCGGUACUGUCGAUGGACUCGAUGCGUAACAGCCGCGAUAACAAUGGCGGUGGUGGUGCCCGGGAGCGGUACAGUCCGCAUUAUCACACCGGCGGUGGAAACGGAUCCGGUCCGGCAGGCGGCGGAAAUGGCAACCAAUCGUCCUCGCCCCCGUACUGCCCGGUGGAUGGGAUCGGUGGGAAUGGUGGCAUCAAAUCGGACAGUCCGUCCCGCAAGCGGCGCCGUGUUUCGUCCCGGCUACCGAGCCAGUCACCGCCCGCCGCCAUCUGGGAGCAUCGACGCUCACCGCGCAAUGGUGGCGGUGGCGGCGGCAUGAUGUCGCUGAUGGGAACGAGCGGUGGUAAUGGCGGUGUGAAUGGUGGUGGCAAUGGUAACAAUGGUGGCAUGGGUAACCAUGUGAUGAACGGGCAUCAUAACCUGUCAUUGCAACAGCAGCAGCAGCAGCAGCAGCAGCAGCAGCAGCAGCAACCACAAUCAUCGCAGGUCUCGCAGCAACAGCAGCAGGUUCAUCCACCACCGCUACUCCAUCGGGACCAUCCCCAGCAGCAGCAUCAUCAUCACCAAUUACACCAUCAUCACCAUCUCUCGCAGCAGCAGCAGCAGCAGCAGCAUCAACAGCAGCAGCAGCAACAACAACAACAGUCACACCACCACUCGAACGGUGGUGGAUCUCAUUUGCAUCCGGGUACGGGCGGUAAUCUGGCUGCUGCCAUUAUUUCGCAGCUUCAAACGCACGCCCACCACCCGCAGGGCAGCCCACCAUUACGGCGGCCACGCUUUCACCGUGAGCAGCAGCAGCAGCAACAGCAGCCCCAGCAACAGCAGCAGCAACAGCAACCACCGCAACAACAGCGUCCCUGGGAAUCGCUGACGCAGGUAUUCCAGCAGGCACCGGCGGCACAGGCACAGCACCAGCAUCCGGCUUCGUCACUGAUGGUCGAUAUCAAUCAGGUGCCGGUUAGCUUACCGCUUGGUCACCACCAUGAGCAGCUGUGGACGUAUUCGGCGGGUCCACACAUUUCGAUCUGCUCCGGACAUCCAGCUGCACCGCAUUUGCCACCGUGUCAGGUUCAUGGAGUGUACCCGCAGCCUUUCGCCCAAACGUGUGGUAUCGGAGGCCACUUUGGUAGCUAUGCAUCUUCGGCAGGACCGGCACUAGCCGUUCCACAUCCAGCACCGCAUCAAGCGCACUAUCAGCAUCCACAUCUGGCGCAACAGCGUACUGAUGGUCUUUCGCUGGACGGGUUGGAGCAUGCGGGUGCAUCACCGUUGCACCUGUCGCCGCUUACAACACACGCGCACCAUCUGCACGGUGCAACACCGCAGAUGACGCAACUGACCGCGGCGGCCCAACCGAUCUACAUCUCCACCGAGGUAAGUGCCGUGGGUAGUGAGGUGCCCCGUACGGGCGUCACACCCGCUGGAACACUGAUCCCACUGAUCGCGAACGUCCCGCAGGGUCGCAACUAUGAGAUACUGCACCGGACGGUUCGCCGGGCGAUCACGGCACCGCGGCGCAACUUUGCCCGCUUCCACUGGCCCGGUCCACCGCCGCCGCCUCCGCCGCCACCACCACCGGCCCAUCACCAGCACCAUCAUCCGGGCCACCAUCCGACGCAUCAUCAUCGGGCACAUGCUGCACCACCGCCGGCAGCACUGCAGGCCCAUCCACAGCCGCUCGGCCAUCCGCAGCCGGCCCACGUCACGCUGUCUGCCACGACGUCCGCCUAUUCGGGCAUUUUGCUGAACUUCCUACCCGUCCGAUGUCCUUUCAGAGCGAUGUUCCCGUUGUCCACGUACGGUCCGCCGGAUCUCAACUCACCGGAUUCGAACGAAACGGAAAACUACGAAGCCCUGCUAAGCUUGGCCGAACGGCUUGGGGAGGCAAAACCACGUGGUCUGGCACGGCCCGAGAUCGAUCAGCUGCCGAGCUACAAGUUUAACGCGGAAACUCACACUGGCGAUCAAACAUCGUGCGUGGUUUGUAUGUGUGACUUCGAGGCCCGUCAAAUCCUGCGAGUUUUGCCAUGUUCGCAUGAGUUCCAUGCUAAGUGUGUUGAUAAGUGGCUACGGUCCAAUCGUACAUGUCCAAUUUGCCGUGGCAACGCAUCGGAGUACUUCGAAAGCAGCGAGGAGCAGUAGUCGUGUUCUAUGCAAAAACCGCAAACCCUAACCGAAAAUCAAUGUCCUGGAUUAUCACAAUUCUCGGUAUGUUGUCGUGCGAUAGACGCAGAUGCACAUUCGCGGUAAAUUUGUCAGGGAAUGACACAUUUUGCAAUAAUCCUCCAAUCAGAGUCUCAGUAAAACAUUCUGCCUCAUCGGAAAGAUUGAAGAUUGUUCGUGAAAUCCAAAGUUUUAUUUUGUUUAAUAGGAGCUACAUACAACAUGCAAUCGUUCGAACACGCCAAGGAGGAUGUUGUGCCGUUUUACGCUUUAAUUGUAUACGUUUCCUUCACGCAAAAUCGUUCCCUCCGGCCCCAGCCAGUAGCGAGUAAGAAAAACAUGUGGGCAGCUCUUAACUCAUAAUCGUCUAUUAGUUAGUUACAUGCAAAACAAAGAAACUGAAUAUUUUCCUAACAAGUGAUUUUUUUUUCUUCAAAAGGGCUAACAAGAGGAAAGCGUAUGUUUAAAUUUUGAGGAAAACUCAGUUAGCAAGAACUUGAAUUAACGUUACGCUUAAUCGUAAGUUGAAGCACCCAUAAUAGCUGCUUUCCAUUUUCUAUUCGCAAUGUUAUGGUUACUUUUUUGUCGUCAGGAACGAAGGAGGUUUUUCUGCUGGGGGACCGUUUUGAAAUGCUUUUUUUAUUUUCUUGCUAGCGGAAACUAUAUAAAUGAAAUAUAUCAUAAUCUACAAAACCCACGUUUAUCACAAAGAUAAUUAAAAACGAUAGAAAACGAAAUGCUAAUGCAAGAGCCAUUUCGCAAACCACCCAAGAGCAAUAAUUCGAAAACAACAAACACAGCAACCAGCUCAGUCAACGUAUACAACAAAAGAAAAUGUUUUCAUAGGCCAUAAUAUAAGUAGCGAAUGGAAGCGAACUAAUACUGCUAACUAUGUAUAGCAUUAGAACAAAUAUAAAGGGGAAAAACAAUUGAACACAAAAGCAAAAAAAAAACCAAGCCACGUAACAGAAAAGGAAACGACACCCACACACACACGCGCGCGCAUUUUUA